AUGUACACCGCGCACCGGCUUGCAGGCUCAGUUCCAGAGACGCUGCUGUUCGUAGUAGACUGCGUCUGUCGACCAGAGCCAGCGCUUCGCCCCCGAAAGAGACGCGUCGGGGCUUGUCUGUGGUCAGGCCUGGGCAAGCGCUGGCCUCGGAGACAUAGCGUUCGAUGUACAGUACCUUUGGUGCGCUGUUGCAGCGAUGAGCAUCGACAUGCAACGUUUUUUAAAAGUUUCAGACUCAGAACACCCCUGAUCACUGAGCCUUCUCUACCCUGUGAGACUGGCAGUGCAGCCAAUCGUGCAGUGCUUCUGACAGCGCUCUUGAGCACCGUAUAUGGACCGCUGUUGGAUGCGUUUCAUACGACCUACGGUACACUCCAGUACCACAAAGUGAACUGGAACGUUCACGUCGGCUUUCAGACCGCCGUCGGCUUUACCUGGUGGACACCGAUUCUCUUUGGCGUGGCUGGGUCGAUGCUGGCGCGUCUGGGACUCCAGUCCCGCCAGACUCCGUUUCGCCCAGAACUCGUCGUGCGAACAGCAGCUGGCGUGGCGCUAUUUACCUUUCAGUACUGGCUGAGCGCUUAUUUAGACGGCAGCGGACACUUGGGUACGGCUAUGAUCGCCCUCGUACUAUCGAGCUUGCUUCCAGUUCAGUGCUGGGUACUGGAGAGCUCCACUGCUGCGGAGUUUGGCGUCAUGAUAAGCACCGCGAUGCUGGGUCCAUUCGUCGAACUCUGGCUCAUUGAUGGGCUCCAUCUGUACCACUACGCUCAUCCUGAAGUUUGGUGUCAUAUUCCACUGUGGAUUGGAGCGAUCUACGCUUGCGGCAGUCUAGCGGUGCAGCAGCUCGCUCGCUGCAUUUUCGCCAUAGAUUGGCAUCUACGGAACAGGAAGGAUGCAUGA